AUGCCUCUCGUCGCCUCAACCCCCAAGGACCGCGUUAUCCUGGGUCUUAUGACCUUCGGACCCAAGGAGUCUGACGGCGCCCGAAUCACCGAUCUGGAGACCUUCAACCAGGCUCUCGACGUCUUCCAGAGCCGUGGCUACAACGAGGUCGACACUGCCCGCGUCUACGUCGGUAGACAGCAGGAAGCCUUCACCCGUGAGGCCAAGUGGAAGGAGAGAGGGUUGACGCUGGCCACCAAGGUCCAAUAUCCCGGACAGGCUGGCGACCAUGCCGCGGCCAAGGUUUUCGAGUCGGUGGAGACGAGCUUGAAGGAGCUGGGUACCGACUGUGUUGAUGACCGUGCCACGCCGUUUGCCGAGACACUCGAAGCUCUGGACAAGCUCCACAAGCAAGGCAAGUUCGUCAGGCUGGGCCUGAGCAACUUCACUGCGUUUGAGGUGGCGGAGGUGGUCUUGACGUGCAAGUACAACGGAUGGGUUCGGCCGACGGUGUACCAGGGCAUGUACAACGUCAUUACCCGCAGCCUGGAGUCUGAGCUGAUCCCGGCGCUGCGACGUUACGGGCUGGACCUUGUCGUGUACAACCCGAUCGCGGGCGGGCUAUUCUCGGGCAAGAUCAAAUCCAAGGAUAUGGUGCCGACCGAGGGCCGGUUCUCGGACCACAACGGCACGGGGGGUAACUACCGGAGGCGGUACUUCCGCGAGAGCACGUUCAGGGCGCUGCAAACGAUUGAGGCGGCGGUAGAGAAGAACGGGCUCAGCAUGAUCGAGACGGCGCUGCGAUGGACGGUGCACCACUCGGCGCUCAAGAUCAAGGAUGGCAACGACGGCAUCAUCAUUGGCAUCUCGAGCGUGCAGCAGCUCGAGAACAACCUCGACCACCUCGAAAAGGGCCCGCUGCCCGAGGAGGUUGUCCAGGCGCUCGAUCAGGCGUGGGCCAUCUCCAAGGCGGACACGGCCAACUACUGGCACCUGGAUCUCGAGUACAAGUACGAUACCCGGGAUGCGCUGUUCGGGGCAGGGGCCAAGUGA